ACUUAACUUGUUGCAUACCACCGUAGCCAAUAUUGAAGUACAGGCACAGAAUACUAUGUCAGCUCAACAUACAUUUGCUGCAUCAAGAAACAAGCUUCAUGACGACUCCGGAGUGGGCAGUGCCGCAGCAAUCCCAGAAUUGCGAAAUCGCAAACAGCAUCCCGUAGAGGACCACGCAGCAAACUCUCCGACUUCAACUACUAUAUCGGAGUCUGGAGGCAGUCUCUACCGCAUGGACGAACCUUUGCGGCCCACACUCCGCAGUUUGCCAGUCAAUUUGAACACUCCUCGUAAAAUCACCAUUCGCUCGGACAUAGCUUUGGUCACCUGCUUUGACCCUGCAGACAAGGAAUUAUACACCCUUUGGGCUCCCAAACCUUAAGAAAAGGCAAUGCCACCAAUCUUAUCGCGGUCACAUCGUUGUUAAUAAAUUCUUAAUAACGAGUAAGGUAUUGAUUUUAUAAACAUACCAAAUGUUCUCGCCGCAGUGAACUUCUUAUGAGCUCUAUACUGCGGUCAUCUUCACUCACUGCCUC